CGUAUCUUGUAUUUAAGACAAUCUUAAGUUCAUCUUCAGAUGCUUCGUAGCCAAUGAAAUGAGCCGUAUCUGAAGAUAGAACUCUGUAGGUAGUUUUAAAUAUAAAAUCCAACUGCCGGCCUUAAAGAAUAAUUUGAUCUCAGCUGAGAAAACUUCCAACGGUUGUCAAAUAAAACGCCGAACGCGGCCAUUGAACAUCUGCCUUGAACACUGCGGAGCCGGCUGUCUGAUCCGUCGUUGAGCUGUACUACCGCCUCGAUUCGCAGGUAAAGGCGGUUUUUACAGUGUAUGUACCGCAAAUUUGUUCAGCUGAUAAACGCUCAUAACCUCACAUGUCAAAUGCAUACCGACCGGAUGUCUGGAGUCAUCAGCCGCGACGAUGAUUUGCGUGAUUUACGGCGUGUAAAAAAGCGCACGCAAUUUGUGCAGCACGAUACGUAUUGCGGUGUCAAAACAUAGAAGAUGGUGUAUGUCACGCCGAUGCGUGUAUUGCACAAAACCAACAGGAUGUCUUACCAUUACCGCAAUAUCGCUGUGAUAUGUUUGUUAUCGUUCACACUGUUCGUCGUAUCGCUGUACGGUGUACUGUUCACAGUAUUGUACGUCUUUAAAUUCGGCAGUACACAGAAACAUUCCGAUUACGUUCCCGUAACGCUGAGCGACAUCAAUGCCCUGCCCGUUCAAACGUUGUCCGCGGACUUGGCCACCGCGGAAGCCACCAAUUCUUCGUGCACCUAUUUCGGAUGUUUCAACGUGUACCGUUGCGGCAGCCAAGGGAACAAGCUUCUGGUGUACGUCUAUCCACCCAAGGUAUAUCUGGACUCUAUGGGUAGACCUGUAACGAGUCAAAUGACGAAGGAGUUCUAUCAGAUUCUGAGUACUAUAAUCGACAGUAAGUUUUACACAUCCAAUCCGUACGAGGCUUGCAUCUUCGUCCCUUCCAUUGACACUCUCAAUCAAAAUAGAUUGAGGUUACAGGAAGUAUCUCAAGCAUUAGGAUCCUUACCUUUCUGGAAUAAAGGGGAGAAUCACUUGAUCUUUAACAUGGUGCCUGGAAGUGUGCCAGAUUACAACACAGUCAUUGAUGUUCCAAUGGGAAGGUCGAUUAUAGCCGGCGCUGGAAUGUCGUCGUUAACAUACAGACCUGGUUUUGACAUUAGUCUGCCGGUUUAUAGCCCGCUAGUAAACAAUAUUAAGACGAACCUGAGCAAUACGAGAACAUGGCUAGUGAUAUCUUCGCAAAUCAAUAUCAACACUGCCUUCGAACAGGACCUGAUGGAAAUCAAAGCUACAUAUUCAAAAGAUAUUUUAGUGUUGGGACCGUGCUUGCAAUAUAACCCAAUGAAUAAUACAAUACGUUGUAUAGGAGAAGACGUAUUGAAAUAUCCUGAUGUCCUGCAUUCGGCAACAUUUUGCUUGAUAAUCCGUGGCGCCAGACUUGCGCAGAGCGCGCUUCUGGACGCAAUGGCAGCUGGUUGCAUACCUGUUAUCAUCGCAGACUCUCUAACAAUGCCAUUUCACGAUGUGAUCGACUGGACCAGGGCCGCUGUUCUCGUGAGGGAGGUUGACAUCUUACUGAUAAUACAAUUGUUGAGGAAGAUAUCGCAGCAACGUGUCACGGAGAUGCAGGAACAGAACGCGUGGCUCUACGAGCGUUACUUCAGCUCGAUGGAGAAGAUCACAGAGACCACGUUGGAGAUACUCGCGGAUCGCGUGUUUCCGCAUUUAACACAGGAUUACACAUAUUGGAAUAUACCGCCCUACAAGGGGAGGACCUCGCCGCUCUUUCUACCGGUGACCGCCCCUAAGACACGCGGUUUCACCGCCGUAAUACUGACGUACGACAGACUGGAAUUACUUUUCCUGUUAAUCAAUAAACUCGUGAAGGUGCCGAGUUUGUCCAAAGUUUUGGUCAUUUGGAACAAUCAGCAGAAGGACCCGCCGCACCCGUCGCGAUGGCCGAAAGUCAACAAACCACUGAAGGUGAUUCAAACGAAAGAGAAUAAAUUGUCUAACCGAUUUUACCCAUACGACGAGAUCGAAACCGAGGCAGUAUUGUCGAUAGACGAUGACAUUAUCAUGUUAACUGCCGAUGAAGUGGAAUUUGCGUAUGAGGUGUGGAGGGAAUUUCCCGACAGGAUCGUUGGCUUUCCAUCGCGCAUACACAUGUGGGACAAUGGAACGAAUUGCUGGAAAUACGAGAGCGAGUGGACGAACAGCAUCUCCAUGGUUCUAACGGGUGCUGCAUUCCACCACAAGUAUUGGAACUACGUGUAUACAACAGCUAUGCCCGGUGACAUAAAAGAAUGGGUCGACGAGCACAUGAAUUGCGAGGACAUCGCGAUGAAUUUUCUCGUGGCGAAUGUUACCGGGAAAUCUCCAAUAAAGGUGACGCCAAAGAAGAAAUUCCGAUGCCCCGAGUGCACCAAUACCGAGAUGCUGUCCGCGGAUUUGACGCACAUGGUGGAACGUACGCAGUGUAUAAAUAAAUUCUCUUCUAUUUACGGCACUAUGCCGUUAAAGUCGGUCGAAUUCCGUGCGGAUCCGGUACUCUUCAAGGACGUGUUCCCGGAAAAACUAAAGCGGUUCAACGACAUAGGCAGUUUAUAACUGCACGUGGAUCGAUUCCACAUUCAAUGGCAAUUCUUGAGAAGCCAGUCUAACGGCUUUUCAAAUAUAUAUAUAUAUUUUAUACACACGUAUAUAUUUAUAUAAUAUAUAUGAUCUUUAUACAUAAGAUAUA